AGUAGAAAAUUAUACUACUUCUUUUGAAAAUGCAAAUAAUUUUGUUCACUUAUAAGGAAUAGGAAGUACAUCACAUGCCAUUGUCCAACUUGAAUUGCAACACUUCAGUUUGUCAGAACUCACUAUGGGUGUGAUAUCAUCUCCUUUUCUGUGAUCGCUUUUCAAGAUCGUAAGGUGAUCAGUAGUGUGUGAGUUCUCACAUGGCUUGUCCUGAGAACAUGUUUUUUCUCAUUGUCCUCUUUAUAUCAGGUGUUUUGGCCUGUUUUGGCCAACGAGAUUUGAUCACCACAAUGCCAGAUAGACUGGAUGUACUGACUGGCUCCUGUGUGCAAAUCCCAUGUUCAUUUGAUAUUCCUGACCAACAUAAGGAUAAAUUUAACAGCGCAAUACUACCCUCUGGAGUGUGGAUUAAAGAAAACUCAAACUUUCGUGAGCGUCCGGACAAUGUGAUAUUUAACAGUAGUAAGAUGGUCAACAGAUAUCAAGGGAAGAUAACUGGAAACAUUUCCCAGAUGAACUGCACCACAGUCUUCUUCAAUGUAACCACCAAUUACACUAAUAUAUACUUCCUCAGGAUUGAGAGUCAACCAUUCCGUGCAACAGAUCCUGAUAAGUCUGUUGAAAUAGAUGUCAGUGAUUUUCCUUCCAGUCCCAACCUUACUGUCUCAGGUGAGGUGAAGGAAGGGACCCCUGUCAGUUUGAACUGCUCUGCUGUUGCUCCCUGUCCCGAACACCCCCCUGAGCUGACAUGGACUCUCCCAACACAAUUUACAACUGAGAACCAACUGCAGGAGAAUCCAGACCAAACCAUAUCAGUUCUCUCCACGGUGACCUUCACUCCGUCAUACCUUCAUCAUGAGAAGAACAUCACUUGUACCUCAGUCUACCCAGUAGGGACAAGCAACAAGAAAGCUGAACAUAACAUGAUGCUUAACGUUUCAUUCUCUCCUAAGGACACCUCGGCCUCCAUCAGUCCAGCUGAUUCAGUAUCAGUGGGCAGCUGUGUUAAUCUGACCUGCAGCAGUACAGCCAACCCUCCUGUGACAAACUUCACCUGGUUCCAGAUCAGUGAGGGUAAACGAACACAGGUAGCAUCUGGACAGAGUUACACCCUCAAUGUGACUGUUGGUGAUGGAGGACUGUACUACUGUGAAGCAAGAAAUUGUCAAGGCUGUGGGAAAUCAAAUGAAGUGCAGCUGGAUAUAAAAGGGCAAGAAGAGUCAAAAACCUCAGGGGUUGGUUUCUGGUUUCUGGUUUCUGGUUUCUGGGGUUGCAGCAGGAACUCUGGGGACCAUUUUGCUUAUCAGCCUGAUCAGUCUUUUUGUAUGGAGGAGAAACUCGAGGCUCCACGAUGGACUUGAAAGGACAGACAGCCCACAGGGACAGAACUCCCCGGUUGGAACAGUGUGUACUAACCAGGCCACAGCCGGAGAGGAACCAGAGAAACCUGCAGAAGACCAGUCUGAAGAGAUC